UCUUGUUGUCUGGGAGAGUGGCAGAGGCACUGCUGUAGAUUGGUCACUGGGAGAAACCUCUGGUCCGUUGCUAUUGGCCCGCCCGCCGGCGGGCGUUGCUGAUUGGUAGGACCGAGCAAUCUGGGUCCUAGUUGGCAGCGCUCUCCCCGGAUGGAAGCUCCGGCCGCGGAGUGAUGGUGGCGGCAGAGAAGAUGGGCCGGGCAGGGACCAUGGCAGAGGUGGCAGGGGCGGGGCGCCUGGCAAUAGAGGAGGCUGUGGUCUACAGGGGGCUGUAGGUGGAGGCAUGGCUCAGGCCAGCAGCGGGAACGGCAGCGAGGAAGCCUGGGGGGCACUUCGGGUGCCGCAACAGCAGCUUCGAGAGCUGUGCCCAGGAGUGAACAACCAGCCCUACCUCUGUGAGAGUGGUCACUGCUGCGGGGAGACAGGCUGCUGCACCUACUACUAUGAGCUCUGGUGGUUCUGGCUGCUCUGGACUGUCCUCAUCCUCUUUAGCUGCUGUUGCGCCUUCCGUCAUCGACGAGCUAAACUCCGGCUGCAGCAACAGCAGCGGCAGCGUGAGAUCAACUUGUUGGCCUACCAUGGGGCAUGCCAUGGGGCUGGCCCUGUCCCUUCCGGUUCACUGCUUGACCUUCGCCUUCUCAGCGCCUUCAAACCCCCUGCCUACGAGGAUGUGGUUCACCGCCCUGGCACACCACCGCCUCCUUACACUGCAGCCUCAGGCUGCCCCUUGACUGCUUCCAGUGAACGUACCUGCUGCUCCUCUGCUUCUAGCUGCCCUACCCACUGCGAGGGAACAAAUGUGGAAGGUGUUUCCUCCCACCAGAGUGCCCCCCCUCAUCAAGAGGAUGAGCCUGGGGCAGGGGUGAGCCCCGCCCCCACGCCCCCAUCCUGCCGUUAUCGCCGCCUGACUGGUGACUCAGGUAUUGAGCUCUGCCCUUGUCCUGACUCCAGUGAGGGCGAGCCAAUCAAGGAAGCUAGGGCUAGUGCCACUCCACCAGAUUUGGAGGACCCUUGUGUGCUGCCCCUUGAUCCUGUGCCCCAGGUCUCUCCUGUGGGGCUAGCUUCCAGUGAAGGGGACAUCCCAUAAUCAGUUUGGGGAGGGUGGGUGGAUUACUUGCCCACCAGAAACAGCCCUGGCCCCAACUCCUCUGAGUUCUCCUUGGCCUUUCCCUGCCUCCUCGAAUCUGCCUGAAAGGGGUGGAAUCCUGAGGAGAGUGGCUGUGUUUGGGGGACUGUGCUAGCUCUACCCCCUAAAACAUACACAGAAGCCUUUGAUCUCAUUAAAGAGAUGUGAACCA